GAGUACCCCGAAUCUCCCCGACACUGGAACCUCAGACUCCCACCGGCGCGGCUCGCACAAUGUGACUUCUGCUGCUGCGCCAUGAUCGAGGAACCUCUGUUGUCUGUGUCGGCGCCUUAAAUACUCUCUCGACUCUGAUUCUAAAUUAAUCAGUCCCAUAAAAUCUGGAAUCCAUUUCUGACUUGCUGAGCUUGGCCUGGCCUUGGCUUUAUAGCCAUUUGAAUGGGAUUCAGUCAUGCCUUUUGAGAUGGAAGAUUUGAUCGACGACGUCGACGGUGUUGCAGAUGGAUGGUAUGAAAAUGACCUUCAUCUGGCAGCAGAGCUUGGCAAGACACUCCUUGAAAGGAAUAAAGAUCUGGAGGCAAGCCUGCUAGAUACGCAACAACAAAAUGAUGAACAAGCCAUGCAGAUCGUGUACUUGGAGAAGCAGCUUCACAUCCUGCGUGAUGUCACUGAGUCCAAGUCCCACAUCUACGAGCAGCUUGAUUUGAGUUCACAGGAGCUGGAUGCCGAGAACCAGCGGCUUAAACAUGACCUCAAAACCGCUCAGCAGAGGGUUCUAAGGAUGACUGAAACUGUUGAACACCUAGAACAUCAAGUGCAUGACCAGGGAACUACCAUAGAGCAGCUGAGGAUAGCAGAGAAAGAGCGAUUAAGAGAGCGCAGGCGUCUGGAACGAGUUCAUGAUGCUAUGGUCUCCAAUGGCUGGGGAGGGCUCCCUCUGAGGCGAGCUCACAGCUUUGACUUGGGCAAACCAUCCGCUGACAGCCUGUUUGAAGAAGAGUUAAGUAAUCUGCAAAUCCUUAAUCGCAACCUGAAGCAAGAACUGGCCCUUAAAGAACAGAGAGAGAAUGAGCUGGAGUCUGAACUGGCUGUCAUUGUUCGCGAGAACAAAGCACUUGAGAAUCGCAAUCGCGAGCUGCAGGUGAAAUCCAGGAUGUUUGAAAUCAAGAGAGAUUAUCGGUCACUGGACAACCUGAAUGAAACUGUCUGCAAAUACUGCGAUAGUGUAAUGACUUUGGGUAGCGAUGAGAAAUCAGAAGACUCUGACAGGCAGAGUGAGUCAAAUAAUGACAAGGAACUGAAGCGGUGUAGUAGUCUUGACCUGCGACCAAUAGCCGAGGAGCUUAGCCAAGAGUCUAGGUGUCCUUUGCCGAACCAUGACCUGGUCCACUCCAAAGCGGAUGGUGUGUCAAUACUUGGUGAGAUCGAUGCCCAAUACCACAACCUCAUGGACAAGUACACCACUCUGCUGACGCGCAGUCGCAGUGCCUCCUUCCACGAGUCCACCAGCAAACCAAGGACAAACAGCCUCCGACGCAAGAAAGAUUCAUCAUCCAAGGAUGGAGGAGACCUGAGCUCUUCUCCUACCAAGGCUUCCAGCUUGAGCCUCACAGGCUCUUGCCCUUCUUCUUCCAGCUCUCCGAAGCAAGAGACAGCCCCUUGUCCGGUGGACAACCAUUUUGAUACCGGGCCGCCAGAGUAUAAAGCACUCUUUAAAAGGAUAUAUGAGGUUUUGCAUAGACCUCUCAAAAAACCCAAGCCCAAGCUUGAUAAUUCAUGAAUAAACAGGGUUCCCUUAUUAUGGUUAUUAAUGCAGUAUUGAACAAGGUGAAAGAGAUCGAUAGAAGACCCAGACCAGACCCAAAACAGAAAUUGACAAAUUAUACACCAUUUGAAAGCUUUAAUAGAAACUACUAAACACACCAAUGCAAGCUUUUAUGCAUUCUCAUUGCUUACCAGCCAAGUAUUUUGCUGAAGUAUUUUCCUUGGCAAAUUGAAAAAGAAAAUUGAAUUCAUAAUCUGGAUAUAAAAAUAAUCUUUUCGACAUACAAACCUAUAGAUCACCACCCCCUUCACAAUAUGACGUUGUGUAAUUCAGGUUGUUAAGAAGCUUGAUAAAGCCUAUUGUCAAAACCAGUUAAUUUGAGUUUUUUAAACAAAAUACUUAGCUGUCAAGCGAUGAAUAUGUAUGAAACACAAUCUUCUUACUUUGUAGUUUAUGAUUUUCCCUUUCGUCUCUUUCACUUUUAGCUCCGGUCUGGGCCUAUAAGAGAUAGAAACUUGAUAGGCAUAAAUGACUGUCGUACUUAUAAUACUUUCAUUAACAGGAGUUUUAAUUGGUUAAUUUGUAUUACAUUAUUGUUCCAAUAUAUCUAUUGUUAAAGCUCUCUGAAGCUAAUGUAAUCUGAGACCUAUAUCCUUUGCUCAAUCUUGAGAAGGAAAUGAUUUCAAAUAUAUAUUUUUUUUGAUGUUGUUGAAUGUGACAACCAGUUCUUCAUACAUUUUUGGUUAAAUUUCUGGGCACUGUCUUACAAAGAGUUAUGAUUGAUCCAAUCAAUCGUAACUCUAUGGAAAUCCAUGUGUGUCAUAAUUUUUUCUACGAAAAAUAUGCACAAUGACCUUUGUAUGCAGUGAGAAGCGCAGUGAAUUUUCAAGAAAGCAAUGCAUGAAUAUACAUCAUAGUUAGAAAAUAUUUUAUUGUUAUCAUUUUAUUUGGCACUUAAUUGAAAAGAAGACAGCAUGUACAAUGCAAGAAUGAGAAAUACUACAAAAAUACAAAUAGUUUUAGACCCUUUCUCACCCAACCAGGUAGCCUGGGUAGGGAAUAGGUCAACUUAAUGGCCAUGGCCCACAGGCCUUCCCUCCCUCACCCGAUUGAGUGAAAAAAGAUCAUAACAUAUAAUAGGGUUACAAAAUAUAAAACAGGUAGGUUGCACAAAAAAGGAAUCAACUUACAUGUUUUUGAACAAACAUGCAUAAUAGUUGUUGAUGUUGCUGGCCGUCCAUAGUUGUGAUAGAUAGGAUCAAUCGUAACUCUUUGUAAGACGGGACCCUGGACUCUGUCUUUUGAAGUGCAUGAUUGCUUCAAAUCAAUCUUGAAUGAAGAAAGAUGAUAAUACAAUAAUUUGUCAUCUAGAACCUGCGAUGUCCACUGGAGUGCUCAACGGAUGACAGUUACCUUUGUAUGGAUCAUUGAUAAUCAGUCUACUUGCUAUUCUGGUUUAAAGGGGCAGUAGUUAUUUUUUUGGGAAGAUAUGAGAUUGAUUUAUUGCUUCGAUAUGAGAUUGAUUUGUUAAAUUGCUUCUAUUUAUAAGAUGAAGAUCAGGUUAAUCAUUCCUUUUUCAUUUUCUCCAACAUCAAUUAAUGAUAAAUGAAAUCAAGCAAUUAGCUUGAGGAGCUUUAAAGUAUACAUAUUGGGACAUUCUUUUUUCAAGGUUUUUUUUUUAAUGAACCGAUAGGUGUAUUUGCUUCAUCUUUUUGCUCUCUGAUGUUCCUUCAAUCUUGCCAAAAUACAGUACCAAAUUAUGAGAAGUGCAAAGCAGUUUUAAAAACAAAAACUAUUCAUUAAAAAAUGAGACGGAUAUUGAAUUAGAUCUAGGUAAAUUAGAAGAUGGAACAACUACAUUAUGUAAAAAAAAACCAAGUGCAACUUUCAUCUACUUUUUUUCGAAAGAAGUGUGUUUUAAUGGUUUUCUGCAUUCCAACUAACUCAGUUUGCCUUCAGUGUCUCAUACAUGUGUGUCGUUUGCAGUAUUGUCCAAUAAGUAUUAGUCGCUAGGUUCAAUGUAUAGUGUGUAUGUAUGCUGUUGGGUUUUAGGAUGAAGUUAGAGCUUACUUCAGGGUUUCUAAUAUUAUGUUAUUUACAGUUCAUCUAUCAUUUAUCUCCCUUACAGUGUAAACCAGGUGGGUGUUUCAUAAAGAUGUUCCUAAGUUACAAACGACUAUAUGCCCGACUGGAGAUACCAUCUUGUGCUACAUUUAAAUGAAUGAGAAAUACAUUAUUGCACCCAAGAAUGUAUCACCAAUUGUUCGUAAAGUAAUUUGUGACUUACGAACAGCUUUAUGAAACACCCCACUGUUCUAUCAUUUUAAUCAGGGUAUGCUUUGGAAACAAAUUCAAGGUUAAUAUGAAUAUGUUUGUCUGUCGCUAUUGAUCAAAACCAGGGUUUUGUUUCACCAAGUUAUUUAGUUGUCAUAAAGGCGGGGGCGGAGUGACGUCACAUCCACAUAGCGAAACACAAUGAAAUGAUAUCAGAAAACAGCACUUAAAAUUUCAGAGGGAUUCGUGAAUUUCCAGAUGACGAAAUAGGAAUACUAGAUUAUCACGACGUUCAGCACAAAUUAUGAAUGCGAUAAUUGUGUAUUAUGCAUUGUAGGAAUGCCAAAACGCCGCGCUGCUGUCCAGGUCGCUAGCUAGUGCAUUGUUUUCAUCCGCUGGUCAGGUGCUAGGGCUCGAGGUUAAAAAUGCCCGGAUGUUCGCCCUGGCAAUUUUUCUUUCACAGUAGCUGUAGGAUUGCUAUUUGAGCACAAAGUGAAUACAGCACAAAGAAACAGAGAGAACUACAUUCUUCUGUACAUGAACAUGAUUACUCAGAAGGUUUAGGGGUAGUAUUUAUGAAUUUGAAUAAUAAUCUUAACUAUCAGACUCAGUUAAUCAUUUGGAAUUAAAAAAAAACGUGAUUAUAGUUGUAUACAUGUAAAUUAUACUUGUAUUAACAUGGAUAAUUUACCAACAAUGAAAUUAGUUUGUGAAAUGAAUCUACCCUGGUGAGUAUUUAUAAAUACCCCCCUCCAGCCCCAAUCAUGCCAAGAAUCAUUCUGUAGUAGUUGGUUAUUGCUGUCAGUGCUUUUAUGCGUAAUGUAUCCUUGUCUUACUCUUCAAAAUACCGUCUUACGUUGAAUUCACACUGGCGAUAAAAUGGAAAAAGUGUGUAAAAAUACAGUUUUCCAUAGGUGUGUUAAGCCAGGGUAUUAAAAAUAUGGCUAGUGAUGUUCCUUGAUUUGAUUGAUGAAUAUACAGAACAAAUAACUCUUGUUGCAGUGUUAGUUAUUGAAAAAAGAUAAGUAUAAUCAAUUUUUUUCUUCAUUAUUUAGCUGAUGUUUCUAAAGUAAAUGGACAAGGCUUACUGGGAGAAGGAUCUGUUGAUUAAACAUUUGGGAUUUAUACGUUUUGUAUGUAGAAACUUGAUUUACAGCUCUUGUACUGUUUUAUACAACUCUUUGAUACAACUUUUCUUGCAUGUAAUGGACUUUCCAACUUUUCUUCAAAAUAUUACUAACACUCAACUGUCCAUUGCUAUAUGACUACUGCUGAUGUUGAUGUGUUCUCUAUAUUGAUACCCUUUCAGCACAAUCGGAACUUUUAUUGUGCAGCAAAGUGUGACGAUGUGAACCUGGAUUCAUUUUUUUUAAACCUUUGGAAUGCUAUUUAGUUUCCAAAGUUACAAACGUAUAGAAUAUGGAAGCUUGUUCUGUUUUUUUCACUUUGCAAUAUUGGAGUAUUGAAACUUGUAUUUCAUUUUGGGAAUAGCAAACCUUACUACCCUUCAGAUUUGUAGAAAUUUUGAAUAUUGAAUCUUUUAAGUAUCAAGCCUUUGGAAUGACAAGUUGUAGCCAUCAUCAAGUAUCUAUGCUUGUGUGGCUUACAGUAAAUGAAUGAAAGAAUGAAAGAGUAAAUGAAUGAAUAUAUAAAUAAAUA